UUGGCGCUGUCAAAACUGUUAAAGAUGCAAGCGACCGGGUCGAAAUUACUACUGCCUAAUUUCUGCAAAUUUCUGGCCAUAUUCUGCGUAAUUAUUACACAAAAUCAUGUGUCAGCCAACGUGAAUCCCGCCGCUGUUGGCGUGCAUCGCAGAUUUGAGUACAAGUACUCGUUUAAGCCACCAUACUUGGCGCAAAAAGACGGCACUGUGCCCUUCUGGGAAUACGGGGGAAAUGCCAUUGCCAGUGCGGAAAGUGUGCGUGUGGCACCAUCGCUGCGCUCGCAGAAAGGUGCUAUCUGGACUAAAUCGCAAACCAGCUUUGACUGGUGGGAUGUGGAAAUUGUAUUCCGUGUGACGGGACGUGGACGCAUAGGCGCUGACGGUCUGGCCUUUUGGUAUACUACUGAGAAGGGUGACUAUAAUGGCCCAGUGUUUGGGUCAUCGGAUCGCUGGAAUGGUCUGGGCAUUAUGUUCGAUUCCUUUGACAACGACAACAAGCACAACAAUCCCUACAUCAGCGCUGUGUUGAACGAUGGCACCAAGCAGUAUGACCAUGCCAAUGACGGCACCACACAGCUGCUCAGCGGUUGUCUACGUGACUUCCGCAACAAACCAUUCCCGACACGCGCACGCAUCGAAUACUACAACAAUGUAUUGACUGUGCUCAUACACAAUGGCAUGUCGAACAACAACGAUGACUACGAGAUGUGUCUGCGUGCUGAUGGAGUGCAUCUGCCUAAGAACGGUUACUUCGGCAUUUCGGCUGCCACUGGCGGUCUAGCUGAUGAUCAUGAUGUAUUUCAUUUCUUGACCACAUCGCUGCAUGCUGCAGGUCAACUGCAGGAGCCGCAGAAGGUGGACAAUCAGGAGAAACUAACACAGGAGUAUAAGGAAUAUCAGGAUAAACUAGAAAAGCAAAAACAGGAAUACAAAAAGGAACAUCCGGAUGAGCACAAAGACGAAGAGGAAUGGGACGAGUUCUACGAAUCUGAAAACCAACGCGAGCUUCGUCAAAUUUGGCAGGGACAAAGCCAAAUUGCUGAUCAUCUACGUGAUUUGCAUCGCAAGGUAGAUGAAAUUAUUGGACGUCAAGAAAAUACGCUUUCGUUGGUUUCACGGGGAUUGGCUGGACAACAGGCUUUGCCACCAGCGGCGCCAGGCAGCGUGCCCGUGCCUCAGCAGUUACCAGCUGGCGUAUCCAUAACACGUCAAGAAGUGGACAUGCUAAUUUCCAAUCAGAACAUAUUGAUGACCACCAUCCGUGAGAUACGCCAGCUGACAGGCGAUAUCAAUGUGCGCACAGAUAGUAUACAAACUAAUCAGAAGCAUGCGCCCACAGCGCAAAUUCAAUCCGCGGGCUAUGAUGUUCAAACGCUGAUAGCCGAAAUGCGCGAUGGUAUGAAUCAGGUCAAGCAGGGCAUCUCGCAUGUGGGUCAACGUUUGGGCACACAGAAUGGUGCGCAGGUGGCGCCUUGCCCCACUGGCAAUUGUGUGGGUGUGACGUUGUUCCUCAGCGUUACUGCUGUCCAAUUGCUGCUAGUAUUUAUAUACAAUAUAUUCAAAAACCGAAGCGAUUCCAAUGCGAAAAAGUUCUAUUAGGCAAACUCACACACACACACACCUGACUGGGCGGCAAUUAAAUUUAGUUAAAACAAAACAUCAACUACUUAAGACUUCAGCGUAGCGUUUUCAUUACUAUAUAUUUUAUAAUUCGUUUAACGCGCGUUCCCGCCCCAAAAACAAAACAAAAAAAAA